UCUAUCUUCUUGUGACUGACGAAGGAAGAAAAAACAAUGGCGAUGCUUCUACAAGUUCCUCCUUCUUCUUCUUCUACCUUGUUGAACACCACAAACCCUAAAAUCAGAUUCUUCUACUCUUCAAUUCGAGUUUCUUCAACGAGAUUCAGAUGCAGAGCCGUUCGCGAGAAGGCCGAAGAGGUUGAGAAGAAGAACGUUUCUUCUUCUUCUUCCUCUGCUGAGGAAGUUACCAAGAAAUAUGGACUUGAAGUUGGUUUAUGGAAGAUAUUGAGCUCUAAAGAUGAAGAAGGAGUUGAUGGAGAGAAUAAGAAGAAGAAGUCAAAGACAGAUGAGGCUAAAGAGUUGCUAGCUAAGUAUGGAGGUGCUUAUCUCGCCACGUCAAUUACUCUUUCACUCAUUUCGUUUUCUCUGUGCUAUGUCCUUGUCACUUCCGGUGUUGAUGUUCAAGCUCUUCUUCUCAAGGUUGGGAUUUCGACUAAUGAGACAGGAGAGAAAGUAGGAGCCUUUGCUUUGGCUUAUGCAGCGCAUAAAGCUGCAUCCCCGAUAAGGUUUCCGCCUACCGUGGCUUUGACUCCUAUUGUAGCCAACUGGAUUGGGAAGAAAGUGGACAAAGAAAAUGAAUAGUAUAGCUUAUUUUGGAGGUAUUGAAAUGUAGAUGUUAUACAUAUUAUAACCACCAUACCAAAUCAUACACAUUUGGAACAUUCUUGAAUCUUAACUUUUCUACUUUCUAUGUAAUAUGAUGAUGAGUUAGAAAAGAUACAGAACCAAAGUGUGGUAGAAUACAAGUUGUGAAGUAUAGCUUUAGACUUGUCCA